AUGAGCACAUUAUCUGACACUCUACCUCUGGCCUCUGUUGGCCUUACACACAUACCUGAUAGCUAUCAGAACUGUACAUACAUGUCGGACAUGGCAGCCCCUGCCUCUCCCUCAAUCAACCCUACAACAACAAUACUCAGUUUGAUUGAGGGCACCACCCUCACCAGUCUCAAGUCAGGUGACAUUCUUGCCGACAUUGCAUCCAGUUGUCUACAGACAAUCUCACACAUUGGUGAUAUUUGUACUCCAUCCAAUGAGUUAUUCUAUGCACCAAACAAACAAGUACCAAAGAUGCCAAUUGGAGAUUAUAUUACAAGAUUGGUACAAUACUCACCGGGCUCAAAGUCUUGUUUCAUUGCAGCAUUGAUAUACAUGGAUAGGAUGGUACUGGAAACUGGUUUCAUCCUAAGUUCCUACAAUAUACAUCGUGUUAUCCUCACAGCUCUCCUAAUAGCCACCAAAUAUCUUGAUGACAUCUUCUAUGACAAUGAGUAUUACUCAAGACUUGGAGGCAUCAACAUUAAAGAGAUGAACCAACUAGAGUUGGACCUCUUGAAUGUACUUGGAUUUGCUGCUUCAUGUCCACAACAUCAAUUUGACCAAUACCUGUUAGCCAUAGAGUCAUCCCGUCUGAGAUCACUGGUACACCUCAACCUGAUACCAACACUCCAGGAGGCAUCAGUGUCUGAAGGUAGCCAGAGUCCAAAGACUGAACGUAGCAAACGUAACUUUGAUGACAUGGUCAGAGGAUGA